CCCCAAUCUCUCUCCCAAAACUCUUUACUUCUUCGCUUCAGCCAUGGUGACCCUAUCUCUCUCAUCCUCCCUCAAACCUUCACUCGUUUCAUCAAGACUCACCUCAUCUUCCUCCACCCCUUCUUCCUCUUUCCCAAAACCCAACAACCUCCACUUCAAACCCACCAAACCCAUUUCACAUCCCCUACGAACUUCCCCGUCGCCACUGAGAUUCUCAAACGCCUCAAUCGAGAUGUCGCAGACUCAGGAGUCAGCUAUUCGCGGCGCCGAAUCCGACGUCAUGGGUCUUCUCCUCAGGGAACGAAUCGUCUUUCUCGGUAGCAGUAUCGACGAUUUCGUCGCCGACGCCAUCAUGAGUCAGUUGCUGCUUUUAGAUGCUAAAGAUCCCAAGAAAGACAUCAAACUCUUCAUCAACUCCUCUGGUGGCUCCCUCAGUGCAACGAUGGCUAUAUACGAUGUGGUUCAACUUGUUCGAGCUGAUGUUUCAACAAUUGCCCUCGGCAUUGCUGCAUCAACAGCUUCGAUCAUCCUCGGUGCGGGAACUAAAGGAAAGCGCUUUGCGAUGCCCAACACGAGGAUAAUGAUUCAUCAGCCUCUUGGAGGUGCGAGUGGUCAAGCUAUAGAUGUUGAGAUCCAGGCUAAAGAAGUUAUGCAUAACAAGAACAAUGUCACCAGCAUUAUCGCUGGAUGUACUAGCCGGUCGUUUGAGCAGGUUCUGAAAGAUAUUGAUAGGGACCGGUACAUGUCUCCGAUUGAAGCGGUUGAGUAUGGUUUGAUUGAUGGGGUUAUUGAUGGAGACAGCAUCAUUCCUCUGGAGCCUGUUCCUGAUAGGGUGAAACCGAGGGUGAAUUAUGAGGAGAUUAGUAAAGAUCCGAUGAAGUUCUUGACUCCUGAGAUACCUGAUGAUGAGAUUUACUAAAAGACAAGCCUCGUCCAGAACCAGGGAUUGUCCAAUGGGACUGAGAGUCGUAUGUUUAGAGGAAAAAAGCUCGAUAACUUCUGCGGUCAUCAGGCUUUACAAAAUCGAAGUUGACAGACAUUGCUUGCCUCUGUAUUAGUGUAUUUCAUAUUUUGCUUACUCAGAAAGAUAUUUGUUCUUAAACAUUGUGUUGUGCGCGUAAAGACUUACUUAAAGAGGCUGUAGUUGUUGAUUUCAUUCAUCUCAAUCUGGCUGACUAUCGCC